AUGAUUAAACAACAGCAACCACAACAACUUAAGGCACAAAGCACCCAGGUCCCUCAGACCAUUACAUACGCCAUAUAUGCAUAUAAUUCAAAGACGGCAGAACAAACGCAAAGGUUGAAAUAUGGAGAUUUGGAGAUAGUAUUGAAAAAUGACCAUUUCGAAUUCGUUUGCAAGGGUGGUGCAGUGAUAUCAAAUAUAAAAGAAAUUUUAUUUAUGAAUUCAAAAAUUAAAGGUAUAACGGAUGAUAUAACAUCAAUUCCACCAGAAGAACAGAGAUAUUACGCAUUAAAUGCAUUUCCUAAAGUUUUGAAGAUUGGAAGAUUUAAUUUAAAUGAGGAAUUCAUAGAAGGUUUCCUAAACGACAUAAUGAAGAAGGCAAAUUUGGUUUAUGUUGAUGAAAAAGAUAAUGAAAUUAAAGAAAGGGUUGAAUGGUAUCAUGAAUGGACAUCAAAGAUUUUAAAAACUAAAGCCGAUACAGGAUGGGUUUCAGGAUGUUUAGACCUUAAAGCGGAUAAGGAAUAUGUUAACGAUGAGUUAGAGAAGAAAGCGGAUAAGGAAUAUGUUAACGAUGAGUUAGAGAAGAAAGCAGAUAAAACUUAUGUUAAUGAAGAAAUAAAACAAUCAGAGGUCUAUUUUACUCCGCCAUUUUUAAAUUUUAUGAAAUCAUCAGAUAAAACCUUUGAUAUAGAUUCUUUUGAAUGGAUAUGUUUCGAUGGAGUGACCAUGUAUUUAUUUUAUACAGAUGGAGUGCUUUAUUAUUUUAAAACAAAUGAUUUUAAAAACUAUGAAUCAUUUACUCCAUCUGUUUUGAAUCCUGAUACACGAAAGCCAAUCAUUAAUCCAAUAAUUUUAUAUGUUGAAUAUAAUAACGGUAAAUUUAUGGGAAUGAUAACGGUUGAAGAUGAUUUUUGCCCUUGUUAUUCAUUCGAUUGUAUCCAAUGGUUCAAAUGUAAUUUAAAUCAAGAUGCUAAAUUUAAAUAUCCAAAUAAUCCUAUUAGAUGUGUUAAUAAUAAAUGGGUACUAAUUUAUGAA